UCUGUAUCACUCCAUCUGUGUCAUUACUGUGAAUAAGCAGGGAGCGGCAGGAAGGAGGAGAGCUAGAGGACAAAGACGGACGAGAAGCAACCAAACAGAUUUGCUAAAAUCUUAGCUGAGCAUCCUCCUUUCACAGAAGCAGUAUGGCUGACGGCAUGGUUACUCUGGCUGAAGUUGAGACUGCCUUCCAGAAGUUUGCCGUUCAUGGAGACACCAAAGCCACAGGAAAGGAGAUGCAUGGCAAGAACUUUGCUAAGAUCUGCAAAGACUGCCACAUCACAGACGGCAAGAACGUGACCACUACAGAUGUAGACAUUGUUUUCAGCAAAGUCAAGGCAAAGUCAGCUCGUGUAAUCACAUUUGAGCAGUUCAACCAGGCUCUGACUGAACUGGCCCCCAAACGCUUUAAAGGCAAGAGCAAAGACGAGGCUCUCCAGCAGCUUUACGGUCUGCUCGCCGGGAAGGAACCUGCCAACGUUGGAGUCACCAAAGUGGCCAAGGCUGCAGCAGUGGACAGACUGACCGACACUACCAAAUACACCGGAUCCCACAAGGAGCGGUUUGACGAGUCAGGGAAAGGGAAAGGAAAGGCGGGACGUGCGGACAUCCCAGACACCAGUGGCUAUGUGGCGGCUUACAAGGGCACUGGAACCUAUGACGACAAAGUUAAAGACGCAUAAAGGAGUCUCUAUCCUAAUUCAGAAAUGAUCGAAAUUAACACUAUUUUCUGUGAAAGUAAAGGGGCAUGUAAAAUGAAAGAAAUGUUCUGUAUAUUAUUUCCUUUUGUGACCAAAGACAAAAUGCUUGCUUUAUGCAAAACAUUUUUUUUAAUACUCUUAACUGUGUGCCUUAAUUUAGUUAUUGCAGCUAAUGUACAUGCUCUGAAAUAUGGCUCUAUUCUAAAUGAUCUCAAUACACUGACUGGUACAUUUAAGUGCUUCCAAAUCUCCAAUAUUUUAAGUUUCCUUGUAGUGCAAAGGUGGUGUUUUGCUUUAAGAACAAGCGGUUCCUUGUUUCCUGUAUUAGCCUGCAUGAGGAAGAAAAAAUCAUUGUCUGGGAUAUUUAAAAAUAAAACCAAGAUAUAAAAAACAUCAAGCACAUUUUUGGGUGUACCAAGAAAGCUAAAAUGCAAAGAUGCAAUGUAAACAAACACAGUUUCUAGAAACGCAGGCAAGUUAGAACUCAUGACCAUAUAAGAAGUCUAGGUACAUAAAAAAUCUGUAACUUGUACAUUUAAGAACUAUUUGACCAAAUCUGACACAAAUUCUGACACAGAAUUGAUAUAAAUAGUGCUUUUUACAUGUUCUAGUAUAUUACACUCGAAGACAGCAUCAGGUACAGGUCUUCUUGGUACUCAAAAUAAGCUUGGCGGUUCAAAACACAUGUAAUGCAAAUUUGUGAAAGAAUUUAUUUGAAAGGAAUGAUGCAUUGACAAGCAUUUAUUUAAAUAAACCAGAGUACUAACAACAAA